AUGCCGUCAUUCAUCGUCUUUGCAGGUCUCCUCGCCGCGGCUUACUUUAUAUAUCGCCUUCUAUAUGGCACCGACACGCCACACAUCAAGGGACUACCCGAGGUCCCAGGCCUGCCUCUCUUUGGGAGCUUGAUCGAGCUGGGGGAUAACCACGCCAAGGUCGCGCAGCGGUGGGCAGAAAAGUACGGACCUGUGUUCCAGGUGCGGAUGGGGAACCGUAGGAUCGUCUUCGCCAACACCUUCGCCUCGGUCCGCCACCUCUGGAUCGCCAACCAAUCCGCGCUCAUCUCCCGCCCCAAGCUGCACACCUUCCACACCGUGGUGUCGUCCUCGCAGGGCUUCACCAUCGGCACCUCGCCCUGGGACGACUCGUGCCGCCGCCGCCGCAAGGCCGCCGCCACCGCCCUCAACCGCCCCGCCGCGCAGUCGUACAUGCCGCUGAUCGACCUCGAGUCCACCGUCAGCAUCCGCGAGCUGCUGCGGGACUCGUGCGGCGGCGCCGUCGACCUCGACCCGCGCGCCUACUGGCAGCGCUAUGCCCUCAACACCAGCCUGACCCUCAACUACGGCUACAGGAUCGACGGCGACAAGGACGACAAGCUGCUGCGCGAGAUCACCGACGUGGAGCGUGGCGUGUCCAACUUUCGGAGCACGAGCAACAACUGGCAGGAUUAUGUGCCGCUGUUGAGGCUGUUCCCCAGGCUGAGUCGCGAGGCGGGCGAGUUUAGAGCCAGGAGGGAUGUCUAUAUGGAUCGCCUGCUGCGUGGGUUGAAGCAGAGGAUCAAGAUGGGGACGGACAAGCCGUGCAUCUCGGGUAAUAUUCUCAAGGAUCCAGAGGCCAAGUUGAAUGAAGCCGAGAUUAAAUCCAUAGGCCUGACCAUGGUCUCGGCCGGCCUCGACACGGUCCCGGGCAACCUUAUCAUGGGUAUCGCGUACCUAGCCUCUCCGGAGGGGCAAAAGAUCCAGCAGCGCGCGCACGCCGAGAUCCUCGAGAGCUACCCGGCCAACGACGCCUGGACGCGCUGCCUGGACGAGGAAAAGAUACCCUACGUCACGGCGCUCUGCAAGGAGAUUCUGCGCUUCUUCACCGUGAUCCCCAUCUGCCUGCCGCGCGUGUCGGUCAAGGACGUCGAGUGGGAGGGCGCCACCAUCCCCGCCGGCACCACGUUCUACAUGAACGCCUACGCGGCCGACUACGACGCCGCGCACUUUUCCGACCCUGGCGUCUUCAACCCGGACCGGUACCUCGAGGACGUCGAGGGGACGCCACACUAUGCGUACGGCGCCGGCGGUCGCAUGUGCGCCGGCAGCCACCUGGCCAACAGGGAGCUGUACACGGCCUUUGUGCGCCUGAUCUCGGCGUUUGAGUUCGUCCCGCCCGCCGACCCGGCCGACCAGGCCGUGCUGGACUGCCUGGAGGUCAACGCCAUACCGACCAGCUUGACGCUGGAGCCCAAGUACUUCAAGGUCGGCUUCAGGCCGAGGGAUAGGGACAUGUUGGACGGGUGGAUCAGGGAGAGUGAGGAGAGGACGAGGCAUUUGCUGUGA